AUCUCAGUUCCUUUGGCGACCGGGUAGUGUUAUGAUGCUGAUUUUUAAAUCUUUUCAGAGUUGUAGUUUUUUUCUCUCUUCAAAAUAUUAAAUCGAGGUCCUUCGUCACCGGACAAAUAGAUUUAGUGUUUACCGCAGUAUUAUUCAAGCUUUCACACCAUCGGAGCGAUCCAUGAAUCACAAAUCUGCCACCGAAACGACAACCAAGGAUGGCUCCCCCAACAGCAGCAAACGCAGAUGAAAGCCAAACAACGAUUCAAGCGAAUGCAAACAGCCCUUAUUACUUCGUUUGUUUGUGUGCGCGCGUGUGUAGGUGCGCUCUCCCAGGAGCUUUCGUUUAAAUGCCCUAAAAUACAUUGUUGCCACAGCUGACAACAGCGCCAUCAUCGGAAAUCAACGGGAAUUACGGCCAACAAUUACAAAACAGAAGAGCGCAGCCACCGCAGGUUCAUACAAACCGCAGAAUAUCGCCAUCAAUGGUGGUGGUCGUUAGGAACGACGACGACAACGGCGACGCGAAUCAUUACGAACAGAAAAGCAAUCAAGGCAGAGGAAAUUUCUACCAAUAGGAGAUUUGUCGGGAAUAAAAGUCCACCACUUCUGGCACAAUCGAGAACAGGCUGGCUGGAUUUUGGAACUGACGACGUGAAUUCAAUUUCACCGGAAAAGUACCGUCGAAAAGUGGCUGACAACUUUUCAAGUGUUUUGUGACGCGAGCAUCAACACCACCCUCCCCCAAGGCACCAACACCACCACCCGGCGUCUGGCAGCGGAGCAAUCAGUGAGAGUGAGGAUGAGAUACUGAAUCACUGCUGCUUUUCGGGAGACUUUUGUGCAUCACUUGUUUCGUCCUGAUUAGUUUAAUUCAACGUAACGGAAAACAAAGAAGGGAUCCAUCGAAACGCUCACCACAAAUGGAUCCACACAAUCCUUUCAAUUUUCACCUGGGCCCACCAGCCAACGCAGCCCAUUCCCAUCAUCCGGAGCCAACGCCAAGUCCACCCCAGAGUGUUCCCGGCCGGCGGACCCCCCUGGGAACCGUCGGAUUGGGAGGAUUUUACGCUCAACCGCACGCUUCCGGUGCUGUGUCACUGACCGAUGAAAAUCGCCCCUCGGGAAGUGCAGAAAGAAGUCAUUUCAGUCCACCGCCUAACCACCCGGCUGCUCCAGCAGCUGGAGGUAAACAGAAAAAUCGCCAGGGUAAAACGGUUCGGUUGAAUAUCAAUGCCAGAGAGAGACGACGAAUGCAUGAUUUGAACGAUGCCCUCGAUGAACUUCGCAGCGUAAUUCCUUACGCUCACUCACCUUCCGUUCGAAAGUUGUCAAAGAUUGCAACACUACUGUUGGCAAAAAAUUACAUUCUGAUGCAGGCGAAUGCUUUGGAUGAGCUAAGAAGGCUUCUAGCCUACAUCCAGAGUGCAGCUGGAGCGGGAGCUCCUACGGUUGAUUUGAGAACCAUGCCCUCCGCUUUGAAGCUACAACAACUGCUACAAACACCUCAACAGGAGCUGCAACAACAAGCACAACAGCAUCUACAGCAGCAGCAACAGGCACAGCAACAACUUGCUCAGCAAAGUGGUCCUCCACCACCCAAUCCAAACCCAUAAGAGCAUAGGAUUUCAGUCUUCAUAUUAUGAAAACCCCAUAUAUGCAAACGUUUGUGAACAUUUGAGUUUUUAUACUAGUCAUUGAUAGGGUUUUUCAUGCAUUCACUGAUGGAUAACGAUCCGGUUAAGUAGCAAUACAUUAAUGAAACAAGUACUAAACUAGUCGAUUUUGUGAUGAAAUACAGAAGAAUAAGAAAUCAGAGAUACUGGCAUAUUCCAUCAUACGUAUUUUGAGAAUAAACUAGAAUAUGAAAAUUUUUGUGAA